GCACACGUUAAUAGCUGAAGUACAAUUGGCUCUCUUAUUUAGGAUCCUACACGAGCCUUGGAUUAUCGGGAAGACUUGGAAGAUGGAACCAGUAGUACAAAAGCACCCAUUAAAUAUGAAAGCAAUAACGGCAGAACAAAUAACAGAAUGGUUCACUUUAGGGACCCAAUUUGCAAACAUUAGAAUAACAGAUGAGUCAUCAAAACAGAGCAGUCCUGCACAGAACCCCCAGGAUCAGGACAGCCCCAGGAAACAGGACUCCCGAGGCGGACCGCCGAGCAAAGCAGGAAACGCACACGUCUCGGGUGAUGGACCGGCAUUGACCAGUUAUGAGUACCCUAACUUGCCUAUUACUAAGAACCGACAGGAGCUGAUCUCUCUGAUAGAGAACAACCCUGUGGUGAUCAUCCGGGGAGCCACGGGCAGCGGGAAGACCACCCUGCUGCCCCAGUUCAUCCUGGACUACUACAACGAGAAGAACACCCCCUGCAACCUGGUGGUCACCCAGCCCAGGAAGAUCGGAGCCAGCAGCAUCGCUCGCUGGGUUGCCAGAGAGCGCAAGUGCACCCUGGGAAGCAUCGUGGGCUAUCAGGUUGGUCUGGAGAAGAUGGCCACUGAGCACACCAGACUGAUCUACAUGACCACAGGAGUGCUCCUGCAGAAGCUGGUGGGGGCCAAGAGCCUGACUGAGUUCUCACAUAUCUUCAUAGAUGAGGUUCACGAGCGGACCGAGGAGCUGGACUUCCUGCUGCUAGUGGUCAGGAUGCUGCUGCGGUCCAACUCUCGCUUCGUCAAGAUCAUCCUCAUGUCAGCCACCAUCAGCUGCACGGAGUUCGCCGAGUACUUCGGCACCCCGAUCCGCAGCCAGAUGAACCCAGCCUACGUGUUUGAGGUGGAGGGGGCCCCCUUUGACAUCGAGGACUUCUACCUGGAUGACAUCCACAGCCUCGUCCCCUACAGGGUGGAAUCCCCUCAUCCAGACUCGCUCCUCAUCACGGUGGAGAUGUACAAUAUUGCCGUUGGCCUCAUCCAAAGAUUUGAUGAGAUGGAGGCCAAAGAUGAGAGCCGGACAGAGAGAGACGUGAGCCUGACUCUGCCGGAGCGCGGCAGCGUGCUGGUGUUCCUGCCGGGCCUGGCUGAGAUCCACUACAUGCAGGAGGCUCUGGCCAAGCUGGCGCGCAAGAGACUGCAGGUGUACCCUCUCCACUCUUCCGUGACUCUGGAAGAGCAGAAUGGCGUGUUCUUGGUUCCCGUUCCAGGGUACAGGAAGAUCAUACUGUCAACCAACAUUGCAGAAAGCUCAGUCACUGUUUCUGAUGUGAAAUACGUGAUUGACUUCUGUCUAGCACGACACUUGAUCUGUGACAAAGAGACUAAGUACCAGUCCCUCUGCCUCACCUGGGCCUCCAAGACCAACUGCAACCAGCGCAGAGGCAGGGCAGGGCGAGUUUCCAAGGGCUACUGUUACCGCCUGGUGUCCAAGGAGUUCUGGAAGAACGAAAUCCCAGACUUCUCCAUUCCUGAGAUGCUGCGCGCGCCCCUGGCCAACAGCAUGCUGAAGGUGAAGCUGCUGGACAUGGGCGACCCGCGCUCCCUGCUGUCCACCGCCCUGUCGCCCCCCAACCUCGACGACAUCGAGAGGACCGUGCUUCAGCUCAAAGAGAUGGGUGCGCUAUCUGUGAGCAGCGACGGGCCUGAUCAGAAAUGCUUCGACGGAGAGCUGACCUUCCUGGGCCGGGUGCUGGCUCACCUCCCCCUGGACCUGCACCUGGGCAAGCUGAUCGUGCUGGGCCACGCCUUCGGCAGCCUGGAGGAGUGUCUCAUCAUAGCCGCCUCCCUCUCUCUGAAGAGCUUCUUUGCCAUGCCUACCCUACAGCAGCUGGCAGGUUACAGGAGCAAACUGUCUUUUGCACAUGGUGUUCCAAGUGAUGCCAUCGCUUUUGUCAACGCAUUUAAGGCUUGGCACAUGUCCAGGAGCAAAGGAGAGCUGAGGCACCCUAAGGAUGAGCUUCAGUGGGGCAAGGAGAACUGCAUCCAGAUCAAGAGGAUCAGAGAGGUGGCUGAGCUGUACGAGGACCUGAAGAAGAGAGUAUCCCAGUUCAACAUGCACGUGGUGGAGAGCCCCGCACACAUGGACUACUCCAGCCACCACAAGCAACAGUUCCUCCUGCAGGUGGUCAUCGCGGCGGCUUAUUACCCCAACUACUUCAUGCAGGGAGAAAUGGACGAAGAGCUGGCUUCUAAAGAGCUGUCGGGAAACGACCCGACAACCACAGUCCUGGUGAGGAACCUGCCUCCAUACAGCUUCCUCUACUACAAGCAGCUGCAGUCCCUGUUCCGCCAGUGUGGCCAGGUCAAGGCCAUAUCCUUCGAUGGCUCCAGAGCCUUUGUGGAGUUUUACCGCACCUCUACGCGGAGGUGCGGGGUGCUCCCCGAGGUGUCCCUGGCCCUGCUGCUGGCCCAGCAGAGGCUGCCCCUGGACCUGCUGGUGCACCCCAGCGACGAGGUGGAGACACGCGCUGGGGGGAAGUCCAUCUUCCACAUGAGACACACACGGGUGAACGUGGACCUCCAGAAGCACUCCGUGUGCCCUGUGGGGGUGCUGAGCAGCAGCAUCGACACAGACAAGCUCCCCCCCAACCCCAUCUUCAUCGUAAACAUCACCGAGGUGGUGGAGGUGGGGCACUUCUGGGGUUACCAGGCCGACGAGGCCAGCAUGGAGAAGCAGCGUCACCUGACGGCCCAGAUCAACGCCAGAGCGCUGCUUCCUGUUCCUGUGUCCGUGUUCCCCAACCUGCUGUGCCUAGCGCCCUUCUCUGAGAGCCAUGAGCAGGACCUCUUCUACCGAGCCAAGAUCCUGCACAUCCGAGGCAGCUCUGUGGAGGUGUUCUUCCUGGACUUUGGCAACACUGCUCUGGUGUCCUGCAGCAGUCUGAGAGAGCUGCCUGCUGAUCUCACAGCCCUGCCCUUCCAGGCUCAGGAGUUCCGGAUCACAGGGAUGCGUCCCUCUGCCCAGUCUCUGAUCCUGGGGGACCAGUGGAGCACCCGCGCCCGCAACCGCUUCAUCACGCUGGUGAAGAGCCGUGCACUGGUGGUGUCCCUGUUCUCCAUCCUGCAUGGUGUGAUGUGCGUGGACCUGCUCAUCAGCACGGACACAGACCCCGUCAACGUCAGCGUGCUGGACGUCAUGGUGCAGGAGGGACACGCCCUCAAGGCGGAGGAAUGCUUCGAGUCCAAGCAAUGCCACGACGUGCUGGUGUCCCUGUACAAGGACAUACAGGAGGGCACGUACGUCCCCAACGCCACCAGCAGCUCCUGGAAGACCCGGAAGGAGGAGGAGAGGGAGCUCAUCAAUAGCCUGCUGCAGUCCUUCUCCCAGUCCAGCCCCAGAACCAAGGCCCGUGUGCACGGCCCGGCCAGCCCUCACAGAGUCAACUUCCACAGCCUCAGCAACAUCAACCACUACAGGUCCGUGGUCAUCGAGAAAGAUAGCAUCAACAGCGUGGCCCUGAACGAGACUCCCCAGGACAGUCAUCAGAGGGUGCUGGUGGCUGGGUCGGUGGCGGUCAGCCCCUCAGGCUCAUGUAUUCUGCUGAAGGAGACCACCCUGAUGCCACACAUCCAUGGUCUCCCUGCCCUCAUCACCAUGCUAUUCACUCCCAUGAUGGAGCUGCGCACCGACGCAGAUAGGACCUGCUACACUGGCGCCAUCUGUGGUCUGGGGUGGAACAGCCGGUAUCAGGAGGCCAUCUUUCCUGAACAUGACAUGGAGAUCGUGUUUGACGUCAAAUUCGAUGUCGAGGACAUAACAGAGAUCAACGCCUUGCGGGCGGCCAUUAACUGCCUGGUGUGUGAGGGGCCCAAUGGCCCCAUGCACCUGGGCCCCGACCGGAUCAGCAACCUGCAGAACGACUGCAGAGAACGCCUCAUCAGGAUGUUUACCAAGUCGCCCCCUCGAGAAGACCUCGUCCCUGUGUACCACGAGACCCCCAAGAAGUGGAACCAGGUGGAGCCCAGUCAUAAGAUGGAGAUUGUUCAGAAGACAGACAGGAAGACUAAAGGUGUGUUGUACCAGCUGCACCCAGUCACACUCCUCGACAUCUGAGGGCCGUGCCAAAGCAGCUGCUGGGGACUAAGGGCACAGUGUUUCACUGUAUAACCGAGGCAAUCCUCUUUAUGUUUCUACACGUUUAUGGGCGUCUUCUGCAGGUAUAAUGUUCUCUGUUGAUUUCUGUUGUUGAAAUUCUAAAGACGGGUCAUGGUGCGAUAUUAUGCUGCUAAUAUUCAGUUAUGUUGAGAGUUUGUAGUUGCUUUGUCGGUGUGGUUAGGUCAAAUUUUGAAACGCCUGUAUCAAGCGGCCCUUUUUUGUAAUUUGACAAAUAAAUAUUUGGAUACUGUUA